AUGGGUGGCUCACGAAGCCGGCCGGGCCGCGCCUGCUUUAGCCCAGCUGCCCCGUGGUCCUUGUUUUGGGGCUGGUUCUGUUUCGGUCUGCGGUUGGGCAGUGCUGCGACGGCGUUUUUCCCUUCCAGCCGGUUGCCGCCACUUGCACAAGAGCACCCCACCACCUCGCAACAAGCGUGGCGCACAGCCGCAACGCACGUCCUCGCAUGUGCGGCGGAAGGUCGUGCGGAGUUGCAAGCCCUGGCGGCGCAAGCGGGGACUUCGGAGGAGCUGCUUUGCUGCUUGCUCCGGGAAGCAACUGCACCGACUCAUGGGGGCGGACCCUCGCCACCCCAGCCAACGGCCGAUGAGUCGAGUGGUUCCACCAGCCACCUGCGAGCGUGGACGCCGCACCUUUACGCUGGCAAACGAAUCGGGGAAGCUGCCCACCCUGGCCCGCCAUCGCCUGAACGUGACGUGGCGAGCCGUCCGGAACGCGCGUUGCACGCUCUCGAACAAAUGCAGCUGCUGCCCCGUGCCAGGUUGGCCGCUCCACGCGACCACAGGUCGGAUGCAGACGCCGCCGAGCGCUUGACGCAUUCGCUCAGCGAAAACACUCCUUUUGCUUCGCCACGAGGGGAGGCCCCAGGGGCGACGCCGGGUUUCACGCCGCCACGCACACCGAUCGCGCCUGCGCCACCCGACAACAUCGAACCGCUGCCCUGGCACGAUGCUCGCCCGCCGAGCGAAAUCCCCGGCGAGCGCAACUCUUGGCUGUAUGUCCCCUUGUUACAUGCCCAGACUGGCAAUCUCAGCGAGCGGGCAGAACAUGUUGUGCUCAAAGACCCUCAAUGGGGGUUCGUCCGCAAACGUGCCGUUCUCAAGAAGCUCAAAGGCUUGGGAGGGGCAGGCCCUUUCGUGGCGAAGCAUCAUUGGCGGCUGAUGCACUCUUUCGCCCUGAAGUUUGGGCCGCAUGACGGCACCUACGCUGAAACAGGCCCGGGUGCCCGGAAGUUCUUAAACCUAUGGAACGGCGUAGCCACCACUUUUGCCGUGACUUCCACAGCACAGUUUGCGGCGAAUUCUUUCAGCACGCUUCUCCAGCGCGCCCAGAAGGGGCUCAGAAACCACCUCAAUCGACGCCUCCGCUCAUGCGACGGCCCGGAGAAGAAGGCCCUGCUCAGCAAGCUUGCGGAGGAGCUCCAUAAUUUGGAUGUGUUUCAGUUCUUGUGUUGCGAGUCUUUCCGAAUAGCUGAUUACGUGUUUGGUCGCAGCGCGCGCCACUUUCGAGGCAGCUCGGCAACACAGGAGGAGGAGGAGGAGGAGGAGGAGGAGGAGGAGGAGGAGGAGGAGGAGGAGGAGGAGGAGGAGGAGGAGGAGGAGGAGGAGGAGGAGGGGAGGAGGAGGGAGGAGGAGGAGGAGGGAGGGCGGAGGGAGGAGGAGGAGGAGGAGGAGGAGGAGGAGGGGAGGAGGGAGGAGGAGGAGGAGGAGGAGGAGGAGGAGGAGGAGGAGAGGAGGAGGAGGGAGGAGGAGGAGGAGGAGGAGGAGGAGGAGGAGGAGGAGGAGGAGGAGGAGGAGGCGGAGGAGGAGGAGGAGGAGGAGGAGGAGGAGGAGGAGGAGGAGGAGGAGGAGGAGGAGGAGGAUCUUUCGUCGGUGUCUGGCGGCCCCGACGCUCCUAGGGUGCGCGGGCCGAACCGCCACCCGCCAGCCGCCUUGUCCGAGUGGUGGGGCUGGUGGGACUGGGACUCCGACUGGAGUUCCCAGUGGGACUGGAGGACCUCCCAGCAGGAGGAGGCCUCUUCCAGUCAGGCACCAGGAGGUGCCAAGGGGAGCGGAGCCGCUGAAGCUCCAGCUCGACCGCGCCGCCCUCUCAUAGGCGAGCGCACCGAAGCCCCGAACCAGAACCGGGGCAGAACAGCCGAGCCCGAAAAGGGCAAAGGCAAAACCGGCCCGAGUGCGGGCCGCCCCGCCUCGGAGUCGGGGAGCCGAACCCCCCGUCGCGGGGAGAAGGGAGCAGGGAAGCCCACCAAGGGCAAGCCUGCCAAGGCAGCUGCGCAGCCCGCGAAGGGCAAGGCAGCACAAGCAAAAGGAGCAGAGCAGCCCGCGAAGGGCAAGCCAGCUCCAGCAGGCAAGUCCGGCAAGGGCAAGCCUGCGACCCAAGAGCCUGAACAGGGUUCUGGGAAAAAGAAGAACCACCGAGGUGGUCGUUCCCAAGCGGCCCGCGCCAACCGCGAGGCCCGCGGCGCCGAAAGGCGCGAAAGAGAGGGUACAGACCCGGUCGUCCUCGUAGAGGGCCCGGGGACUGAUAUCCCAGAGCCGCGCACGCCGGAGGAAGCUCCUGCAGGUGCCGGCCAGGCCAUUCAGAGCCCAAGCUCUGAAUCCUCCUUGGACACCGCGGCGGUGCCCAAGGCGCCAGUCUUCACAGGCCCCGUGCCUGGUGAGGACACUCCAGACUUCGGGGGAAGCAACUCCGAAGGGGAGCGGGAGACCCCGCCCGCUGCUGCUGCAGCUUCUUCCUCUAGCGGGGUCACCCCUGCUAAGAAGGAAGAGCCGGCAGAGCGGGUUGCCCCGCCUGCCUCCGCAGAGGCGGCCGCAGAGCCAGCCGAGGAGGCAAAGCCUAAGGCCGCACCGAAGGCCGAGGCAAAAGAAGAAAGCUCUGGAAGCCCCAGCUCCGAAGCUGGGCAGGAGCAAACAGCCCCGGCGAGUGGACCCACGGAGGCCACCCCGGAGGCAGAGCCGAAGGCCCUAGCGAGAGGUGCUCCGGCAGCCAAAGCACCGACGGUGAAGGCGCCGCCACCUCACUUGGGACCACCGCCUCCACUGAAGGAGGAACCCAAGGCCGCACAGCCAGGGCCAGCAGAGCCCGAGGCUGCGGUACCUCCCGCGCCUCGGGAGGAAGCUCCGGAGCAGGAGCAAGAGCCCACCUCGCCGGCCGACGAAGGUGAGGAAGAGGAGUCUGAAGAGGAGAGCUCCGAGGGCCAAGGACCGUGCCAGUUCCUGAACGGACUCAGGCACGCGGCUCGCAACAGGCCAGAGACCCCUUGGGAAGGCAACCCAAGGCUGGCAGAGCAGUACGGAGAGGCCCUGGUCUUGCUAGACGAGAUCAGCCAGGCCAUCUUCGACGCCUCAAGGGAUGAGCCAGCAACCGGCUUAUCCGCCCCCGCAGGGCGACCCCGUGGUCGAGGCUCUGCGCGGGGAAGUCGCAACCCUUAG